CAUGAAGUUGUCAUCUAGUACUUAUUACAAUCCUACGAGACAUUUGGACGAACACUGCAGUCAGGAUUUUGAAGCCUCAGCAUGAUGAGCCGUCCACAGAGCUACAUAGAAGGUGAAACUGACUCUUGGCAUGCAAAAUCAAGCACAGGGUCAAAGGUCAAAGCAGAGAGAGUGGCACUGCUGGUUCUCUGUCUUCUGCUUGCAGCUGCUGUCCUCAUUAUUUAUCGUCUCAGUGAGUUUGCGACGUUUGAAAACACGAAAACCAGAGAAUCACUGAAAAAACUGGAAGAGCUCAGAAUGAAGUGUCAAAAUGUUCUUACAGAUGGCUCAUUUUAUAAAUGUGAAGAAGGCUGGGAAAAACAUGGAGGAAAGUGCUAUUACUUCUCCAUCAGGCAAUCAUCCUGGAAACAGAGCAGAGUUGAGUGUAGAGCUAAAGGAGGAGACCUGGCAUUCCUGGAGAGAAGAGUGAGAGAACUAAUGAAAGAAGGUGAGGACAAGUUCUGGAUCGGACUGACAGACUCAGCAGUAGAGCGCAGAUGGUUGUGGGUGGACGGAUCACUGCUGGAUGAAAGUUUGAAGUUUUGGGCUGGCAAAGAGCCAAACAAUGUGACAGAGGGAGAUUGUGAUGGAGAGGACUGUGUGAGGAUGGGAGAAGAAUUUGAAAAUAAAGAUCUGAAGUGUUGGUUUGAUCAGUCCUGCUAA